AGGUCGGCUGGCCCACGAGGCGGAGUGCGCCAGGCUCCGCACGGAGGCGGACCGCCGCGCGGUCGAGCUGCGGGGUGCGGAGGCGGCGCUCGCCGCAGGCCACGAGCAGGCGCAGCAGCGGCGGCAGCGCCUGGCCGCGCUGGAGGAGCAGCUCGCGGGCGCCCGGCGGGCGCGGCAGGCCGCCGACCGCAGGGCCGAGGCCCGCCGGGAGGAGACCGCCGAGGCUGGGCGGCAGGCCGCCCUGGUCAAGGAGCGCCUGCAAGCCGCCGAGCGUGCGCUCGAGGAGGGCCGCGAGGAGGCGCAGCAGGGCGCCGCCGAGCUGUGCGCCGCCCGCGACGAACUGCGGUGGUGGGAGAGCCAGGCGACCGCCCGGGGCCGCGAGCUCUUCCGCCUGGGUGAGGCCAAGGCCGAGCUGGCCGAUGCGCUGCGGGAGAGCGUCGCGGCGGCCGCGCGCGUGGAGGCCGUGAAGCAAUUCUUGCUGAAGACCCGCGAGGUGGCCACCGACCUCGACGACAGGCGCGCCCAGAAGCAGGCCGCGCUGGACGCGGAGGACCGGCGCCUCGCAGGCGCCCGCGCCGAGCUCGAGCGGGGCCGCGCCGAGCUCGAGUCGCUGCGGGCGAGCCUCGAGGAGGCGCGCCGCCGGCGCACCGAGCUGGAGGCGGAGGGAGCGCCGCUGGCGGCGAGGAGCGCCGGCCUCAAAGAGGAGCUGCGGCGCGCCUUCGCGGCGGUCGAGCAGGCGCGCGCCGAGCGCGACGAGGCCAGCGCCGCGGCGGAGCAGGCCCUGCGGAAGCUCGGCGCCACGGAGCCCGCGCUGGAGACCGCGAGGCAGCGGGUCCGCGAGCUGGAGGCGAGCGUCCAGGAGUCCUCCGCUCUCGCGGCGCAGGCGCAGCGCCAGAAGGAGGCGCUGGCCGCCGAGGUGCGGCAGGGCCGCGACCGGGCGCACGGGCUGCGGCAGCGGCGCUCCAAGCUGCUGGAGCAGGUCCAGGCCCUCGAGAAGAGGCUGCUGCGCACCGCACGGAGGUCUGGCUUCGCCGCCGGGGCGCGCGCCUCCACGCCCGGCUCGGCGGCAGGCGGAGGCGCCC